AGUUCGUUAACGGAAAUGAAGAACAACGGUGUUCCAUAAAUUACAGUCCUGUCUCGGUCUGUUCGAUCCAUAAACGGAGAUCUGGUUUUUUCGCAGCAAAACUCAAUAUGUGACGAUGUCGUAGACAUAUUUGUUUCGUAGUACAUUUCCUCGCACAGUAGGCGCUUACUUUUUUAUUCGCCACCCCGUAGACGGCGAGUUCUCACUCAACAUUCCCGGCAAUCUCUGAUCGACGAGUUUUUAUGAAGGUCGUACGAACUACGUGAGCCUACCCACUUACCCAACUGCAUCGCUAAUGAUAUUCAGAACAUGGAAGCGAAACACCGAAAUUUCCUGCAAAGUAAAGAUAGAAAAAAGGGAGAAGAUAUAAGCUCAAGGUUGCUAUAACUGCGAUCGUAUCUCAAUUGUGGGUGGUCCAUAAGUUUUUUUGGAGCCAUAGCAAGUUUUGAAUGAAUUCAUAGUAGAAGAAUUUCUCAAUAUGCAGAUACAUAGAUGCAAUUUAUAUAAAGAAGAUUUUUCGUAAAACAUAACGAGUUUGAUAACAAUUAUACAAGAUGUUGAUCAAUUUAUCGAAAAAUUUGAUCGUAUUUCUUUCAUAGAAACUGUUUCAGUUUCUUGCAUAUAGUACUAGCUUGCAGCCAGUGUGAGACUUUAUUUCGAAUUGGUAGUCAGUAUUCCGAAUUCUCAUUUGCAACUUGGAAGAUGAAGAUGGCGGCGGACUACGAAAGAAUCAAACGUAUUAUAUUAUAUUUAUACGACGGUUUUAGUCUUCACUCAAUAGAAAGGCUGACAACAUCAGGACUUUUCUGGAUGAUCACCAUAAUCAGCAUUAAUGAUAUUAUAUUCCAAAGAUCAUUGAUCAAGGAACCUGUAAGAAAAAUGACAUCGCAGAAUAGUAUCAAUAUUUAUCGGUACACUAUUGCAUAG